AUGCAACUUUCAUGGAAGGAUAUACCACCGGUACCUACAUCUAACGAUAUGUUAGAUAUAGUGUUGAACCGUACUCAAAGAAAAACCCCUACUGUUAUAAGACCUGGGUUUAAAAUCACUCGUAUUCGUGCUUUUUAUAUGAGAAAAGUUAAAUUCACUGCUGAAGGAUUCACUGAAAAAUUCACCGAUUUAUUACUGGGGUUCCCCAAUAUUAAUGAUGUUCAUCCAUUUCAUCGUGAUUUAAUGGAUACUUUAUAUGAAAAAAAUCAUUAUAAAGUCUCGUUAGCUGCUGUUUCUAAAGCGAAAACUUUAAUUGAACAAGUUUCAAGAGAUUAUAAUCGAUUAUUGAAAUUUGGUCAAUCGUUAUAUCAAUGUAAGCAAUUAAAACGUGCUGCUUUAGGUAGAAUGGCUACUAUUGUGAAAAAAUUGAAAGAUCCAUUUGUUUAUUUAGAACAAGUCAGACAACAUUUAGGAAGAUUACCAAGUAUUGAUCCAAAUACUAGAACUUUAUUGAUUUGUGGAUAUCCUAAUGUUGGUAAAUCGUCAUUUUUAAAGUGUAUCACUAAAGCCGAUGUUGAAGUUCAACCUUAUGCUUUCACUACUAAAUCAUUAUAUGUGGGACAUUUUGAUUAUAAAUAUUUACGAUUCCAAGCCAUUGAUACGCCGGGUAUUUUGGAUCGUCCUACUGAAGAAAUGAACAAUAUUGAAAUGCAAUCUAUUUAUGCAAUUGCUCAUUUAAGAUCAUGUGUGUUGUAUUUUAUGGAUCUUUCUGAACAAUGUGGAUUUUCUAUUGAAGCCCAAGUGAAAUUAUUUCAUUCCAUCAAACCAUUAUUUGCCAACAAAUCAGUUAUGGUGGUGAUGAAUAAAUCCGAUAUCAUUCAAGCCGAAGAUUUGUCAGAAGAAAAGCAAGAAUUAUUAAAGACCUUAACUACAGUUCCAGGGGUUGAAAUCAUGCAUGCUUCUUGCCAUGAAGAAGAGAACGUUAUGCAAGUUCGUAAUCAAGCUUGUGAAAAAUUAUUAACCGCCAGAAUUGAACAAAAAUUGAAAGGUACUGCUAGAGUCAAUAAUGUUUUGAAUAAGAUUCAUGUUGCUAAACCUCAACAACGUGAUGAUGUGGAAAGAUUGCCAUAUAUUCCUGAUGCUGUUAAACAGUUGACCAAAUAUGAUAGUAAUGAUCCUAACAGAAGACAAUUAGCCAGAGAUAUUGAAGCAGAAAAUGGUGGUGCUGGUGUUUUCAACAUCAAUUUGAAAGACAAGUAUCUUUUGGAAGAUGAAGAAUGGAAAAAUGAUGUUAUGCCAGAAAUGUUGGAUGGUAAGAAUGUUUAUGAUUACUUGGAUCCAGAUAUUGCUGCUAAAUUACAAGCUUUGGAAGAAGAAGAAGAAAGAUUGGAACAAGAAGGAUUUUACGAUUCUGAUUCUGAUAUUGAAGAUGAAGACGCUGAAGAGAUUAGAGAAAAGGCUGAAUGGAUAAGAAAUAAACAGAAAACAAUGAUUAUUGAAGGAAGAAAUAGAAAAUCUUUGAAAAACAAAGCUAUAAUGCCAAGAGAUCAAAUAAAGAAAACAUUUGGUGAUAUGGAAAAGCAUAUGUAUAAUAUUGGUCAUGAUACUGACAAGUUGAGAGAAACCGUGGGUAAGAAAUCUUCUGGUAAAGGUAUGUCAGGAGUUGAAAUCUUGAAAAGAAGUCAAGGUAUUAAAGCUAGUAAAUUGGCUAAAAAGAAAGCUGCUGCUAAUCAAUCUGACCGUCUUAAUGAUGGUUUGAACGAUGGUGCUUUGAGAUCUCAAGCUGAAAGAUUGGCUAAAAUACAGAGAAGAGAAAGAAAUAGAAUGGCAAGACAAGGGGAAGGUGAUCGUCAUUCAACUGCUGCUUUACCUAAGCAUUUGUUCAGUGGUAAAAGAGGUAUUGGUUCUACCGAUAGACGUUGA